GGCCGGGAGGCCUUCAUGGAGGUCUUCCAGCUCAGCGGGAAGCAGGGCAACCCGUGUCUGGAUGAAUGGCUGGACUCCUUCAGGGACAGGUUCCCAGACUACGUGGGGAGGGAAUCCAAGGCCAGAGAAGGGCAAGGAUUUGCCCAGAGUCCCCCACAGGCCGGUGCAGCCCCCUCACUGGUCUCUCUGCCUCCUGAUGCUGAGAUCCACCCAGCUGGACCCUCGGAGUGGCCCAGUCCAGAUCCCUUCCUGGUGUUCAGGACUGCCAGCACACAGGGCCGGCCCGAGGAGCCUGGGCUCAGGAGCUGCUGCCCUUGCUCCUGGGGCUUCCUCACGCCUUUCACAACGUGACCGAGGGUGUGAGGGCUCCGGGGCCUUCUCCAGAGACGCCGGUCUGGCUCCUAGACACCCCCCCACCACCCUGCCCCAGUCUAUUUUAUUCGCUUCCUUUCCUGAGAUGCCCGUCACCAUUGUCUUGGCCGAGAGCUGUCCUGUCUGUUCCCUGGCAAACGUCUUCAUGGCAGAGGACCAGUCUCAUGGCAGAGGACCAGCCUCAUGUCUGGAGGACCAGACAGACGUUUGUCUCCAUCCUCGCGGUGCCCGGUGGCCCGCUGGCCACCCCAAUUGGAGGUGGAAGUGAGCACCCAUUUCCGGGAGCCUCUCCCCCUGGGGCUGUGGACGUCGUGUGGCUCCGGGACCCAGUUAAGGCGGAGGAUGUGUGUGCCCCCGGCUGCUUCACAGGCGGCAGUCUGAAAUCCAGAAGGAAGCCAUCCUUCUCAAGCCUGGACCCCUCCACCAGAAGGAAUCCUGAGUCAGACACCAGGCGAUGAAAGGCUGGCCUCCUCCACGGUCCACCCAGAAGAACCAGAGGGCAAGGGCGGGGCAGGGAGAGGCAAGGCACAGAGCAUCUCAGCAGCCUGGUUGCAUGUCCUCUCCUGGUGGACAGCAACUUUACUGAGAUGCAAUUCACACGCCAUGUGGUUCACCCACACAAGUUUCACGUACCAUUCAGUGGUUUUUAGUAUAUUCACAGUUGUGCAGCCAUCACCACAGUCAAUGUUAGGACAUUUUCACCUACCCUGGAAAGAGACCCUGUAACCUUGUUGGCAUGACCCCAAACCCCUCUUCCCAGCGUGCCCCCAGCCCUGGGCGGUCACUGCUCUG